UGUCACGGUUUCCUUCUUUCAGGAGUGUCUCUGAUUUUUUUUCCCCCUGUCGAGGUCUCUAGGUGCAGCCUCUCGGCAACUGACAGCUCUUUUGGAUGGCAAAAGAAAAAGAAAAAAAAAAGAAAAAGAAAAAAGUUAGGAUUAUCUGCUAAACUCUUUUUCUUUCCCAAUCCACGGCGAUCCUCCUUUUCUCCAGAAAAAAAAAUAAAAUAAAAAUAAAAACAACUUAAUUCCCAACAGAGGCAGAGAAAAGGCUUCCCAAGGAAGAUUAAAAAUCAGCGAUCUGGAAAUCCCUGCAGACGAGGCGGCAGACGAGGCGGCGGUGGCGGCGGCGAUAAUUCCCGGUGCGGUGAGAUGCGGGGAGCGGCUCUGCGCGGCUCCGCGCGGCUCCGCACGGCCUGCGCACGUCGGGGCUGGCUGCUGAGAGUUUCAGAGAUCAGCCAUGGGCAUUAAAGGUUUGCAGGGAUUUGUGACAAAGGUUUGCCCUGAUGCGUGCAGAAUGGUAAAUCUGAAAGAUAUGGCAGAAAGACACUGCAUCAAUCAUCCUGAUUUCCCUCCUGUUAUCGUAGUAGAUGCCAUGAGUUGUGUUAGAUACUGGUACACACCAGAAUCUUGGGUGUGUGGUGGCCAGUGGCGGGAGUAUCUCGCCAAUUUAGAGAAUUUUAUUGAAGCUUUUAUGGCAGCUGGUAUCAAGUUGGUGUUCUACUUUGAUGGUGUGGUAGAAGAAAAAAAGAGAGAUGAGUGGAUCAAAAGGAGGUUGCAGAAUAACAAGGAAAUAGCCAGAAUAUUUCAGUUUAUCAAGACUCACAGGAGACAACCAGGGAGAGAAAUGUUUGUUAUUCCUUCUGCUUUACCUACUUUUACACGUUUUGCCCUAAAGUCGCUUGGUCAAAAAACAGUAUGCUCAUUGCAAGAGGCAGACUUUGAGGUGGCUGCUUAUGGAUUGCAACAUAAUUGCAUGGGAAUUCUUGGUCAAGACAGUGACUACCUCAUCUAUAAUACAUCUCCCUACUUUUCAAUUGAGAAGCUGUGUUUGGACAGACUGGUCACUGUUAUGUACUCUAGAGAAGACCUUUGUCAUGCGUUGGGUCUUAGUAUGACACACCUCCCUCUGUUUGCUUGCUUGCUUGGCAAUGAUAUUGUCCCAGAAAGCUUGUUGGAAGGCUUUUGGCAUAAAUGUUUAGUCAUCUGUCCUCCCAAGAAUAAGAGCUACAGCAGAAGAACGAACAUACUGCUAGCAGUAGCAAAUUACAUCUCAAAAGUUCCAUGCUCAUAUGGCAGCCUGAAAGACUUGGAAAAGAUGCUGCCUUUGGGAUCAGACAAAACAUUACUCUACAGAGGAAUGGAGUCCUAUCUUUUGCCUGGGCAGGAGUGUCCGUGGAUUCCUCCCAAUGUAACAAAUAUCCAGAUGUUCUCCACUCAACAGGAAACAGCCAUGUGUCAAGAUAAGGAAAUAUUUCAGUUAGCUAAAGAACAGCACAUCCAAUCUGAAAAUUAUGCAAUCUUCAAUAUCCUGAGUAAUGGAGAGAUUGAAUGCAGCAACUCUUUGGAAGAUGAAUGUGAUACAGAGAUUCCUGGACAGGCACUUAUCUACCGCCCUGUUCGUCAGCAUAUCUAUUCUGUCUUGCUGGAAUCUGGAAAAGAUGGAGCCUCUCCUUUGGUAAAAGAGUGGUUUGUCUAUUUUGGAAAUCCUCUACAGCAGCUGGAGCUGGUACAACCUAUACAGCCUCCUGUUCCAGGUGGAGCACCUAGCUUGAAAACACUGUGGUUUGCCAAAGGACCUGAUGUGGAAAAGCAACGGUAUAGUACAUUUUUAGCAUGCUUUCACAUUCAGGACAUGAUGGAAGAGCUCCAAGCUCUGGAAGCACCUGUUGCAGGAUUCUGCUGCUUGCUGACGUAUCUUGUCCUGCAGGUCAACAGCCUCUCUCUGGAGGACUUAAAUGCAUUUGUGGCACUCGUACUCUGCCUCAAAGGGAAGGUAGCUGCUCAGCUGGCAGGUUUGCAGCUUGCGCAAGUGGACUCCAGGGCUGUGCAUCUUGGCGCUGUCUUUAUUCGUGGCCUUACAACUUUGCUUAUGGCCAAUAGUGCCUGUGGCUUUCCAUUCAGAAUGGAUGAUUUGAUGCCAUGGAAAGUGUUUGAUGGGAAACUUUUUCAAGAAAAAUAUCAGCAGUCACACCGAGGGUGCUCUUUGGAAGAGCUUUUGGAAGGCAACGAGUCAUUGUAUACACCCUUCCAGAAUCUGAAGUCAUUGAUUUGCAAGGCUUGCAUGGCGAAGAACAGAACAAUCCAGAGCAGACAGAGAGGGAAUGGAAUUAUCACAGGAGCACGACAAAGAGAACUCAAUCCCAGAUUCCAGCAAACACACAGAACUUCUUUUAUUCCUCCGUAUCAUAAUCAGAUGAGGGAGUUCCCAUGGAGAGGCCCUCAACUGCAAGGUAGAGAAUAUAGAUCAGGACGUCCAGACCGCAGAAGAAGAUCCGAGCUUCCUGCUCGAAUACUCGGUUUGGAUUAUCCAUCGAGAUAGUCUUCAGUGGUGUUAUUUUGACUGCUUUUGAUUUGAAGUACAAAUGCUGACAACAGUAGUAAUGAAUGAACUCCAUUUCUCUGUUGGAAAUGACAAGGAACCUGGUUCUUUGCUGCAAUAUUCCGUAACCAUGCAUCAGCACAUAGGGUCUUACUUUGA